UUUUUUAACAAGUGCAACAGUUUCACUUUUUGUUGAGACAGAAACAUCUACUGAGCCACAGCAACCUGCUGCAGUUUUAUUUACCACACCACCUCUAGUCCUUCUAACCUACCACUGCAGGUCUGUUUGGACAGUCUACCCUACGUCAUCAUGUCUGUCGUCACAUCCAACCUGUCUGAAGUUCAGAAGAAGAAGCUGCUCUUUCUCCUCGGUCAUGUCAGACUCCACCUGCUCUACAAAGCCAGCGUCCACGGCUUCACUGCUGCUGCUUUCCACAGGCGCUGUGAAAAGCAGGGGCCCACUGUCAUCGUCGCCUACAACGCCGCUGGGUUUGUAUUCGGGGCCUACACCUCUCAGGACUACACCGAGAGCGAAGAGCAAGUCCAUGAUGAGGAGGCCUUCCUCUACAGCAUCAACGCAAGGGUGGACAAACCACUGAGGGUGGCAGGUAUCAGCGGACAGCCUGCUUUCACCGCAAAGGAAGACACCGGUCCGAAUUAUGGUGCUUUGGUGUUCCUCCAGGAUAACGAACCUAAGAUCCAGUCCAACCCAGGGACAGGCUUCACCUUUGAGAAAGCGGCGAUGCACGGAGACAACUUGGCACUGACUGAGUUUGAAGUGUAUCGAGUUGAAGGCUUGGGAGGUCUUCUGGCCAAACCCUGGAGGAACAUCCAGUGGACUCCUGAGAGGAAGCAGCAGCUGAUGAAGACCAUUCAGAGCUAUAGGCCUGAUAAUAAAUCAGUUCACCAAGCCCGGGUGUUGUUGGUGGGACCCGUCGGGGCCGGGAAGUCCACCUUUUUCAACUCCAUCAACUCGGUGUUUCGAGGCAACAUGACAUCCCAGGCCAUCACUGGUACAGCAGGGAAGAGUUUGACCACUCAGUUCCGCAGCUACACCAUCAAGGCAGGGAAAGGCGGAGAAGUUGUUCCUCUGAUCCUGUGCGACACAAUGGGGCUGGAGGAAAACGCUGAUUCUGGUUUGGACACUGAGGACUUAAUCAACAUCUACAAAGGUCACAUAAAGGAUCGCUACCAGUUUAGUUCCUCCAAUCCUCUCCAGGCGGACGCUCCUGGCUUUAAGAAGAAAGCGACUCUGAAUGACAUGAUUCACUGUGUUGUUUACAUGGUCGACACCUGCAAGGUCUCUCUGCUCACCCAAAAAAUGCUGCAAAAGUUCGCUAGCAUCCGGAAAAAGACCAACCAGCUGGGAAUUCCUCAGAUUCUGCUGAUGACUAAAGUAGACGAGGCGUGUCCGCUGGUGGCAGAAGACUUGCAGAAUGUUUAUCGCAGUGUUUACAUCCAGAGGAAGGCCCGAGAGCUGAGCGAGUCUCUGGGCAUCCCCUUGUCCUGUGUGCUGCCGGUGAAGAGCUACAGUGAGGAGCUGGAGCUGGUCCGGGACGUUAACAUACUGCUGCUGACUGCUGUGGAGCAGAUGCUGAACUACUCAGACAGCUUCUUUGAGAACCAGGAGGGGACUGAUCAGCCGGAUCUCUACAGAUCCCAAGAACUUAACCGCCCGGUUUUAACACAAAAUGGAAAUUAAUGGAUAAAGAUCGUUGUUUGCAUGAAUGUCUUAUUGAACAUGUAUGACUUCAACCUCCUGUGACUUUUAAUUUUUGUAAUAGUGGGGAGGGACACUCAAUCAUUCAAUUAAACUGGAAGCAAAUGAUAUAAUACACUAUGAAAACAAAAACAGAAAAUUCAGCUGACUGUUAAUUUAUAAAUUUUAGUGGAGAAAUUUCACAUCCAUAAAGUUCUUGGGGUCUUUCUUAUUAUUUGAACACUUCAAGAUUGAAUUUAGAAAGUACUGAGUCUAUCCAACUUAUAAACAACAAGAAAUGUGUUCAUAUACUUAAAGGUGCAAUUGAUAACAUUUAGCCACUAGAUGUCGCACUCUCCCUUCUCCGUUCCAUUGCAUUCCAAGCCGGGCGCUUACCAUCAAUCUCAGCCAUUUUUCCAUUUUUUUCCACACUAAUUGACAACUUGAUUGCUGACAACACAGAGAUACCACGUGAUACCAACGUCAUUAUACUGUUGGCUCAAAAUCUAGUUGGCAUGGCUAUUUUCAAAGGGGUCCCUUGACCUCUGACCUCAGGAUAUGUGAAUGUAAAUGGGUUCUAUGGGGACCGACGAGUCUCCUGUUUACAGACAUGCACACUUUAUGAUAAUCACAUGCAGU